AUGACAUCCGAGAAUAGUGGCAGUGAUGGCGAUAAAUUUAAGAAAGUUAGUAGGACCAGUUCCAAGUUGAAUGCCACGGCUUUCGACGAUUCUCUUCGAGAAAGACGAUGCAUUAUCAGAAAAUCACGGAUGUUUCAAACUUUACAGCGUCAAUUGGAACCUUUUGUGGGAAACGUUCGACAGAUACGAUGUUUGGCAAUUGGCAGUUUUUUCGAGGAAUUCGCGGCGUUGUACCAACUAGCACUUCUUCUUGAGCUAACAGAACAUUUCAACGCUGAAAGCGAAAAACCGCUUGAAGUGUCCAUUUACGAUCCAGUCUUUACAAAAGCCGACAAAGAGUUCAUCAGUAAACAGGGACCAGAAUGGUCAAUUGACGAAAAGCUCGAAGACGAUACAACGAAAACAGAGGAUGUGCUCUUCUUUUUACCUCAUGCACCGCUGGACUUGACGGAAGACAUUUUGACUCUUGAAAAACCAAAACUCAUGUUAGCGAAUCAUGUUGCCAAACACGUUGAUCGAUAUACAAAGUCACAACUGUUCAAAAAAUAUCCAAAACUGGCAAAAUUAAAUCAUUUGUUAGGCCCCACAGAGUCGGAUGUUCUAGUUCCUUCUUCAGAUUUCCAAACUUUUGUUUCUAGGCGCGCUCGUCGGAAGCGCAAGAACAUACCGUCGCAAGACCCCGCAGAUUAUAGCGCCGUUGAAACAUAUUUCGGACAAAUAAGCAUUCUCACUGACUUUGACGGAGGUACUAUACUGGCAAAUGAACCCUGGCUAAACUCGUUCUCCGAUUUGGCAUUACAUAGAAUACUAUAA